UCCAAUCAUAAUAAUUAAAACAUACAAUAACUGGUUUAAAAAUCUUAUGCUCGAUGAGCCAAUUGGGACAUGUGUUUAUAAGCUAUGGAAGUUUUGCAUAGGCAGUCAGAUUCGCGUGCGGGUUGAGGUGUCAACUGAUCAUAAUCGAGCUUACCAGGCGGUCUCGAUGAAUAAUAACAGGAUAUGAUAACAUGGCCGUGCAAUCUGACUCCGGCGGGAAGGACGACGUGAAGACUCAGUUCGUGACGCGGGAGGGGACGUACCGGUUGAUGACACUGUCGGAGUACUCGAGGCCUAAUCGUGUUGGUUAUACCAGUGGUUCGGGGUCGUCUCAUGUGCGCGUGUCACUGGUGUCUCUCCCGCCGGGGGGCGGAGCGCCCGGCUCGGACGGCCCGACCUCCGAGGAUAGGAUAUGUUUUAACCAUGGAAAGGAGUUGUAUGUUUAUGUAUACAGAGGAGUUAAAAAGGCAGCUGAUCUCACAAAACCAGUCGACAAGAAGAUGUACAAGGGAACAAAUCCGACGUGUCACGACUUCAAUACAGUCACGAUGACAGCGGACAGUGUCUCGUUAGUCAUAGGGUUUUCUACCGGCCAAAUACAACUAAUAGAUCCUAUUAAGAAAGAAUUAAGUAAAUUGUAUAAUGAAGAGAGGCUGAUAGACAAGACGCGCGUCACUUGCAUCAAGUGGGUGCCGGGCUCGAGCAACCUGUUCAUAGCGGCGCACGCGUCGGGCCAACUGUACGUGUACAACGAGGAGCUCGCGUGCGGCUCCGCGGCGCCGCACUACCAGCUGUUCAAGGGCGGGGACGGCUACUCGAUACACACCUGCCGGACUAAGAGCACUAGGAACCCUUUGUAUAGGUGGGUUAUAGGAGCAGAAGGCAGCUGUAUAAAUGAAUUUGCAUUUUCACCGUGCGGGGCGAACUUAGCCGUUGUGUCCCAAGACGGUUUCCUACGAGUAUUUCACUACGACACUAUGGAGCUGAUAGGCCGAGCAAGGUCAUAUUUCGGCGGGUUCCUCUGUGUGUGCUGGUCGCCAGACGGAAAGUACGUCGUGGUCGGCGGAGAAGACGACCUAGUGACUGUCUGGUCGUUCAGUGAACGGAGGGUCGUGGCUCGGGGCCAAGGACAUAGGUCCUGGGUCUCCGUAGUCGCCUUCGACCCCUACAUAGUCAGCUUCACCGACCCAGAAACGGAAGAAACCCAUGAAGACAAAAGUGAAAGUGUUCAGUGUUAUAGAUUAGGCAGUGUUUCACAGGACACGCAGUUGUGCUUAUGGGACUUAACGGAGGACGUAUUACGGCCCCCGGUCAGAACGCGAGCGUCUACCCACUUAUCCCCUAAUAGUCAGAAUUUCUCCCCAAACGGAGUUCCUGGAACGAAAAUACCUGCAAAGUGUGCAAAGAGCAACAAAAUUGGUCACAAACACGCAGAGCUGAGCGGGUCGAAUGCGGCGGGUGAACCAUCUGGCGCUAAACCGGCCAAAUCUAAAGCAAAUAACGUAUCGACGUUGAAUAUAAGCGUUGGAAAAGCUAAAGAGGAAUCAUCUGGUUCGUUAGGAGUUAACUUCACGCAAAGAUUAGCGGCGUUAUCGUUCGGUGAGCGGCGAUCGGAUCACAGAAGGAAUUUCAGUUUAACGAAACCCACCGAGAAAUCUUCAGCGUCGAACACGGUCGCAUUGAGAGGCAAGUCGGCGGGAGCGCAGUCGAACGACAGCUACGACCCUUUAAAGUUGAUAGGGACACCUUCAUGUCCGAGAUUUGACGAAUGUCCAGUGUUGGAGCCGUUAGUGUGCAAGAAGAUAGCGCAUGAGAGAUUGACGGCACUGUUGUUCCGAGCGGAGUACUUCAUUACGGCGUGUGCGGACGGGUGUGUGAACACAUGGUCGCGGCCCACGCGGACCCACAACGGGGACGCGAGACGAAGGGACCGCAUCGAGCUGGUGGACUAGCGGGACUUGGGGCACCUGUACCAGCUGUACUACUGCAUAUAUCGCAAGACUUUUAGGGAAUUCGUCCUGUAUUAGUGUGGAUCGAGUUAAUUCUAUUACUGAUAUCGUCCUCUGUUAAUAAGAAACUGCAAUUUUUAUGCAUUUAUCUAGUUAUGGGGCAAGUCCUCUUUUUAAAUUUAAAUAAUUUCUUUGUUUUUUAAGUAUCCUUUAACACUGCUUGUUCAUAAUUAUUGAUAGAUGACAAUACAGCAAUAGAAUUGAAGCUUUAUAUUGAGUAGUGCAUACUGGUAUGGCCUAAGGGGGGUAAAUAAUUCCAUAGUAGACAGAUUGGUUUGAAUGUUGUGCAAGUUUAGUGAUGUGAUGCUAUCCAAAAUGUUUUGAAGGCUUUUAUUGACUUUUUAUAACUCACCUAACUGUUACUGUAAAUAUUAAUAUUAAGAGAAUAUUAAUUACCUUUCAUAUGCAUUGCUUUCUUGUGUAAAUCAUCUUGAUCACUCCAAUUUUACUUUUCUGAGAAUUUAGUACUAUCAAUUUAGAAAAAAAUAAAGUGUCUCAAAAAUUAUUAGGUUAAAUUGUCUGAUUUUAUCAUCAUACUGAAAGAAAAUAGUUCCUUCCUCCUCCCUAUAUGAUUUAGACUCAAACAGAACUGCAUUUAAUAAUAAAAUCAAUUAAAACAGUUUGGAUAGCAACGAAAGGUGUGUCAAUGUUAAAGUUAUACGAAGGCAAGUUAGAUAGUGAUAGUAUGAGAUUGUACUGUAUAAACUAUAAACUAUUGUAUAUUGUUGUUAGGCUCAUCUCGGCUCCUGUACAUAUAGUGUAUCGAGCAAUCCAAGAUUGCCAGUUGAGUGGUCUAUACAAAAUUUAAAGAAACCCUUAGUUAGAAAAGACAGGUUAAAAUUUGUAUAGAAAUGCACGGCCAUAGCACUCUUGUGUUUUAUUAUUAUCGUGAAAUUAUUUAUUUUAAUCGAUUAUAUUAUUGUUGUAUCGACAAAUGUGUGACUCGCGGUUUUGUAUCCGUUAAGCGAGUGUUGUUAUUUCAUUUACUUUGGUAGGUAGACUGAUUGAACAGUUAACUUCUAUGUCUAUGACUGAUGACUAGCAAAUCUAUCCUUGUUUUAGUUAAUUGGUUAUAAGUAAUUACUGAUAAAUUCAAUAAUUUCAAUAUGUACAAUUAAAUCAUUACACUAA